AGCCGCCGCGCGCGGCCACGGUCCCUCCGCUCAACCCGAUGCCGCAGCCGGCGCAGCCCGAGCCCGAGCCGCCGCAGCCCGGCGGCGAGACGCCGCCCAUCCACCGCCUCCUCGAGCUGAUCAAGUCCGAGCCCGACCCCGCCUCCGCGCUCGCCCACCUGGAGCUCCUCGUCUCCACCUGGCCGGCGUACACCCCGCCCCAGCCGCUCCUCUUCCACCUGCUGCGCCGCCUCGCCACCUCCGCCCCGGCCCGCCUCCCGCGCCUCCUCGGCCUCCUCCCGAGCCUCCGCCACCGCCCGCGCUUCUCCGAGCCCGCCGCGCUCGUCGUCCUCUCCGCCUUCUCCCGCGCGCUCAUGCCCGACGCCGCGCUCGCCGCCUUCCGCCGCCUCCCUGCCUUCCUCGGCUGCAACCCGGGCGUCCGCUCCCAUAACGCCCUCCUCGACGCUCUCGUGCGGGCCCGUCGCUUCUCUGACGCCGACGCCUUCUUCACGUCCCUCUCUCAUGGCGCCUUCGGGCGCCGCAUUGCCCCCAACCUCCAGACUUACAACAUCAUCCUCCGCUCCCUCUGCGGACGUGGGGACCUCGACCGAGCUCUGAUGCUCUUCGACUCCCUUCGCCGUCGCGGCGUUGCUCCGGACCGCGUCACCUACUCCACUCUCAUGUCUGGGCUUGUCAAACACAGCCGCUUGGACAUGGCACUUUACCUGCUUGACGAAAUGCCGACCUAUGAAGUGCAGCCUGACGCGGUUUGUUACAAUGCAGUGCUCCGAGGGUGUUUCGGGAAUGGUGAAUUUGAGAAAGCUAUGCGGGUGUGGGAGCAGCUGGUGAGAGAUCCUGGUGCAAGUCCCAACCAAUCCACUUACAAUGCGAUGCUUGAUGGCUUGUGUAAACUUGGGAGGUUUAAGGAGGCGGGUGAGGUAUGGGAGAGGAUGAUUGCAAAUAAUCACCAAGUCGGCAUGAUUACCUAUGGGAUUCUGAUUCAUGGUUUGUGCCGGUCACGGGAUGUGGAUGGUGCAGCAAGGGUAUAUUCAGAGAUGAUCAAGACCGGGCUUGUUCCUGAUGUUGCCAUAUAUAAUUCACUCAUCAAGGGGUUCUGCCAAGCUGGGAGAGUAGGAGAGGCUUGGAAAUUCUGGGACUCUACCAGUGUUUCUGGCAUCCGUAAUGUGAUAACUUAUAAUAUAAUGCUGAAGGGGCUCUUUGAUGGUGGCAUGGUCGAUGAAGCUAGAGAAUUGUGGGAGCUAUUGGAGAAAGACACUUCGUCCUCUCCUGACAUGGUGAGUUUUGGCACUGUGAUCCAUGGGUUAUGUGAGAAAGGCUUUGCUAACAAGGCACUUCAAAUCUUAGUGGAAGCACAGACCAGUGGUAAAAAAUUAGAUGCAUUCUCAUAUUCAUCCAUGAUAAGUGGACUGUGCAAGGAUGGGAGACUAGACGAUGCAGUUAAGUUAUAUGAAAAGAUAUCUAUGGAUGGCUGCAAACUGAAUCCUCAUAUUUACAAUGCACUAAUAAAAGGGUUCUGCCAAGCAUCUAAGUUUAGUGAUGCUGUAAGAAUAUACAGUGAGAUGGCAAACAAUGGUUGUUCUCCUACUGUCAUCACUUACAACACUCUAAUAGAUGGACUAUGUAAGGCUGAAAAGUAUCAAGAUGCUUCAAGCUUUACAAAGGAAAUGUUGGAGAAAGGUUGUAAACUAGAUGUCAAUACUUAUGCUUCAUUGAUUCGUGGCCUUUGUAGAGACAAAAAGGUUGAUGCUGCCAUUGCUCUGUGGAAUCAAAUUCUUGAUAAGGGUCUUCAGGCAGAUGUCAUGAUGCACAACAUCUUAAUCCAUGGUCUUUGUUCUGCUGGGAAAGUAGAUGAAGCUUCGCGUCUUCUCUCUGAGAUGAAAGAGAAGAACAACUGCCGCCCAAAUUUAGUGACCUAUAACACACUCAUGGAUGGAUUUUAUGAAAUGGGUUGUUUUGACAAAGCAGCGUCUCUGUGGACAGCUAUUUUAGAAAAUGGUUUGGUACCCGAUAUAAUUUCAUAUAAUACAAGAAUUAAGGGUCUAUGCUCUUGUUACAGAACACCCGAGGGUGUCCAAUUGUUGGAUGAGGUGCUUGCACAAGGAAUUGUACCAACAGCCAUCACAUGGAAUAUACUGGUCAGAGCUGUCAUCAAAUAUGGACCUAUUCAAAUAUGAUCGUUUAGAAUUUCUCUUGCUUUAGUGGUGAUAUAUCCUGUUCAAAGAUGACCUUAACAAAUCAGGCUAAUGGAAAUUCGACUCAGAGCACCUGAACAAACCAGGCAAGCUUUCUACAUUACCCUCGAGGCAUCUCGAUGACAUCUAAGACAGAGUAUUACCUUCUGCUAAGGCCAAUCUACACCUUCAAUAAGGGGAGCCUUGGCGCAGUGGUAAAAGCUGCUGCUUGUGAUCAUGAGGUCACGGGUUCAAGUCCUGGAAACAGCCUCUUGCAGCAAUGUAGGGAAAGGCUGCGUACUAAAGACCCAAAGUGGUCGGACCCUGUGCAAGCGGGAGCUACAUGCACCAGGUUGCCCUUUUUUAAGCUACACCUUCAACAAUAUGGUCUAUUGUAAAGAUUAUAUCCAUUAAAAUUAAUCUUUUGGUGGUGAUGUACCCUGUCCAUAAAUGACCUGAGCAACCAGGCAAGUGAAAGUUAGAGCAAUACCCUCCAUUUCGCCUUGGCGUUGCAAAGACGGCACUCACAAUUGUAUCAUGGAGUGUUACCAUCAGCCAAGAGCUCUUUCAUUGCUCUCUUUUCAGCCUCUGGUGGUGAUGUACCCUGUUCAUAAAUGACCUGAGGAACCAGGCGAGUGAAAAUUGGAGCGACAUCCCUCCACUUCACCUCAGAUGUUGCAAAGACUGCACUCACAAUUGUAAUGGGUUUUGACAUCAGCCCUAGGCGAUCAACAAAUUAACCCAGAGCAGCAACCUUCUGUCACUCUACCCAGUUGUUGCAAAGGCAGCAUCUGGUCCUGGAAAUGUAAGACUGAGCAUUGGUACCAGUCCAAGGUAAAUGCUCAUUUGAGCGUUGAUCCUGCACUCUCUUUUGUUAUCUCUUCUAAUACUCUUAACCUCUUUUAAUUGAAAUUUGAGUAACUUGACGUGUUGUGUGCAUCAAAAUUGUAACUUCGUUACAUGGUUUUGGCUUUGAAAGUUAUA